UUGGCCAAGUCUAAUUAUCCCUUCCAGUCAUAUCUCACAAACAACCACAAUUCUUCCCCGAGUACCAAUCCCAGCGGGUUCAAAUACGCUACGGCCCAUUCACUAUCCCUGGAAAUGAUCACAACAACGGGAUGAGGAAUUUCGAGAUUCGUGACGCGAAAGCUCCAUGCCAAAAUUGUAUGAUAGUGUGGAUGCAAGCAAGAUUAGAGUUGCUUGAAGACGGACAUGUUGGCGCGGAGGAAGAGCUGUGGCUGCAUCACACUGUUCUACAUAACGAGGCAAAUGGAGCGUUGCAUAAUUGUGAUAAAGCAAAGAGAAGGCAGAGGUUCUUUGCGACUGGGAAUGAGAGGUCUGUUGUGGAUUUGUCAGUCAAUGGAACCGAGAAAGUCGGAUAUUGGUUCGGUAAUGGUGAUACUAUUUCCAUGGAUACUGAGCUCAUGAAUGCAAAUGAGGGAGAGAGAACAGUGGCGGUGACUAUUACCUACGAAUAUAUCCCUUACCUGCCGGAGGAAUUCUCUACCGCAACCCCUCUCUGGUUGGACAUCGGGGGAUGUCAUUCUGAGAUACCGGUUCCAUCCAAGAAUAACGAAUUUGAAUUGGGGAGCCCAGUCUGGACCUCGUCCAUCAAUGGCCGUGUGGUGACCGUUGUAAGCCAUUUGCAUGAUGGUGGUGUCAAUCUUCGUUUGCAAAAAGAUGGACAGGACGUCUGCGUCAGCAAAGCGGAGUAUGGAUCAGUGAGCAGAUCUGAAGGCCACCAUUACGGCAGGGAAACUAGCCAUAUUACAAGAAUGUUCGAAUGUUAUGGUGUUGGUAAUAUGAGCGUAGGGCAAGAGUGGACAGUGAAAGCACGGUACGACCUCGAGAAACAUGAACCAAUGUUAAAUGGGUACGGAGAGCCUGAGCCAGUAAUGGGGAUUGCAAUGGUAUAUGUUGUUGAAGAUUGACUUUUGCGCUAGUUAAAUUGCUUGCAAUGUGGCGUUUCUAUAAUGACAUUGACAUACAGUCGGUCCGACCCAAACACGACAAAACGGUCGCUCUUUUACGCCCAUAAUAACUUUUCAACUACAAUCUUUAUUAAUUUAUACUAAGUAAUGUGAUUAUAGAAUAGAAGCAGGCAAAAAAUACCUAUUAAU